AUGACAACCGAACCUCUCACAAAAAUAACAACAGCUCCAACUAACAUGACAACUACAUCUGCAACUACCAUGACAACAACAGCACUAACAACCAUGACAACCAGUUCUCCAAAUACCAUGACAACAACAGCUCCCACGACGGAAGCUGAGACUACCAAGACAUCUGCGGCUAAAAAUAGCAUGACAACAGUACCUCUGACAACAAUAUCAACAAUAGCUCCAACUUUCAUGACAAGAGGAGCUCCAACUCACAUGCCAAAAACAGCUCCAACUACCAUGAUAACUGGGGCACAAACUAUCACGACACCAGCUCCAUCUACCAUGACAACAGAAGCCUCAACUACCAUCAAAACAGCUCCAACUACAUUGACAAAAGGGGGCCAAUCUACCACGACAACAGCUCAAACUACCAUGACAAUAGGGGCCCCAACUACCACGACAACAACAGCUCCAACUACCAUGACAACAGGAGCCCCAACUACUAUGACAACAGCUCCAACUAAUAUGACAACAGAAGCUUCAACUCCCAUGGCAACAGCUCCAACUAUCCUGACAACAGGGGCCCCAACUACCAUGAACAUAGCUCCAACUACCAUGACAACAGGGGCCCCAACUACCAUGACAACAACCGCUCCAACUAACAUGACAACAUUAGCUUCAACUACCAUGACAACAGCUCCAACUACCAUGACAACAGGGGCCCCAACUUCCAUGACAACAGGGGCCCUAACUACCAUGAAAACAACAGCUCCAUCUACCAUGACACCUGCAGCUCCAACUACCGUGACAACUGCAUUUCCAACUAACCUCACGAGGGUAGUUCCUUCCACAGCAAAUUCAACGACCUUGAACAGAGGCACCUCUGUCUGCGUGUCUCUGCUGAACUCUGUGGUGAUGCCUCUACUUCUCUCCUCAGUAGUGGUGCUAGAAGUAUGGCAAUAGUCGGUAAUAGCAGACCAUCCCAGACGAGGUGCAUCAACCUCUGUGUGUAUGCGGGUGUGUGUGUGUGUGCAAAACAAUGGAUGCAUUUUUCUAUCCGUCACAAUUCUUACCAAGUUAUUUAAUUCACGCUGCCAUCACACUAAAUCGAAUCUGGUCACAUUUGAGUUGACUGGUACACUAAUCCGUUUGAUGAUCAAAAUCACAAAGUGUGGAUUUGUCUGCCGUGAACGCACAAAUGAGAAGUAUAUACACCUCUUCUUCUUUCUAUGAUAACCAUCAUUAUUACUUAUUUUACAUAUUUUAUUGGUGUUAUCAUUCUUAUUUGUUAAUUGAUGACUUGCCAACUGGUUGUGCUCCCAAUUCUUGAUGAUUCAUUUCAGGUGUGUGUGUCAUGUGACUGCCUAUAUAAGCUGAUGCACCUGUACAAAAUAAACCUUGUGUGUUUUCUCAGAACUUGAAUGCAGUUGUAUUAUUUGUCCUCCCAAGUUGAUAGAACGUUUCGCAGGUAUAUCUAGCAGGAAAGCUCUGUUUAACAUUAUUCAUAUCCAGUCACCUGAAGCACAUGAAGUAGGGAGACGGGGAAUGUAAAUAAUGCUCAUCUUUAUUACACAUGAAAAAGGACACUGGACAUUAUUAAGAACAUUGCAGCAUGAAUGCUUCUGGUGGAGAGCGCUGAUGGUCAUCUCAGUCCUCAGACCGACAGAUCGCCAGCA